CGGAAAUGCUUCGCAAAAAACCAAAAAAUAAGGAAGUUGAAUCAUUCCCGUCUACCCUGGCUGGUUUUGGGUACUACGUCAAGCCUGAUGGAUCCAUACGUAGUAUACAGUCAGACACACCUUACGAUUUCGAAUAUAAGCUCAAGGAUAGAGUUUAUAAUGAAGCUAGAUACGAAGCUUUCACAAGGAUCAUCGCUGACAUGGUAAUCCAAAAGUUAGAGCAGCUACCUCUCAAUAUGAUCAAAGCUCCUGUCCCUUCCAACGUGACAAUUGGAUCCUCCGAACCACAUACCUAUAUUCUUAUGACACGAGACGCCUUGACGACUCCAGACAAGCUCCUAGUUCUCAUCCCCGGCAGCCAACUUUCCAUUGGUCAAUGGUCCAGACGCGUAAUGUGCGACGAUAAUAUUAAUGAAGGAUCCAUGAUUACAACAUGUUUGAAAGCGCUAGAACAGGGCUAUCAAGUCAUUAUAACAAACCCAAAUGCCAACUAUUGGUCCGCUAAUCAGAGCUGGAACAAAAGAAUGGGGUCCAAAUCUAUCUAUAUUUCAGAAAGCGACACACCAGAGAACCACAUACACCACGUAUUUGAGCAUUAUAUCAAACCUUCGGCCGCUUCGAACAUAGCCAUCAUGGGCCAAGGCUGGGCUGGACAUCUAAUCGAAGAACAACUCAAUUCCAAUUUCGAUUUGUUCAAGGAAAAGGUUAAAGCAAUCGCAUUAGCUGAUUCUGUCCACUCAAGGGACAUGGUAGAAGGUGAUGAUAAGCGCGUCUUUUUAUUUGAAAAGGUUACGAAUUGGAUGGCGUCCGUAGAAGAAAAGAAAGAUGCCAUUAUUCGUGAUCCUCGCUUUGGUUGUACUUGCAUUUCAGCUGGUGUGGAAAUUGCAGAUUUUACUCUUCCGACCUCACUCAACGAUAUGUUCAAGUUUUAUCAACGCCAAUUUGGUGAGCAAACAUUCGAAGAUGAGAUAGUCACGAAUAGCGCCAGACAAGAGAUGGAAGAAAAUGAGUUAGAGGAUCUCAAUGAAUUUAUCACGGUAGUUGAUCGUGAUGAGAAUGUGGAAAUUUAACGGGCGAAAGAUUAAACAUGUAAACGCUCAGCUGUCGAACACAACAAGUGCUUUCGACCAACAUUUGUGUCGGCUUGCACCAGCCUGUAAUAAGACUAUAUUGUACAUAAUAAUAUUUUUUUUCACCUGGGUCAAAUUUCAGUUUUGCAUUAUUUCUCCAUCUUUAG